AUUGACGUUCGUGACGUUAUUUGGAAAUUCCAGUUUAAAGGUUGACGUCAUCAACACAGUGCGUCAUCAACUUUUCAGAAAGUUAACAAACAACACGUGUGUAAAUUAAUCGAUUGUUUUCUUGUUUUUGGAUAGAUCUAGUUAAUGAUAAUUAAAUAUGGAUGAGGAGUUAGAGGUAAGAGUUUUCUUCUAAACCAAUAGUUCACUAAUAAUGAUUUGUGCAUUGCUUUGUGCAUUUUAGAAAUGUGUUUACAUUUGUUUACUUAAAUCUUUUGAGACAGAGGUGACCUCAGAAAGUCGGUAUCAGAAAACCCGACAAAAGCUCAAAGAUGAAGACCUAAGAAAGGAAGAAAAUAUAAUUUUGUCUCGCUAGAUAUAUCUAUUUAGAGUUUUUUCUCAUGAUUUAGCGUAAAGCAUCUCGAUCUACAUCAGAUUUCUACGAUUCCCCGUGUCCCCACCCACUACAUAAAUUGCAUCGUCAAGUUUCCGUUAAACGCUCGACGCAAUCUGAGAGAUUUAUUUUUCAUACAAAGACACCAGCUUAUAUGUUGUUGAGAUCAAUUGGCACGGCAAACAUACAAAAAAUAAAAAAAAAUGUAAAAAGCAAAAAUUUAAGCGGGCCGUAGCUGCCUUACGAUAUAUUAUGGUUGAUAUAUAAUAAAAAUCGGUUCAGUUGCAUCUACUAAUUUAGUGGACGAGCGGUCUAAGGCGCUUGUACUUAUAGUGUUUCUUUUUGGUAGUCAGACAGGCGUGGGUUCGAAACCUGAAAGAGGAAUUUGUUUUUAAUUCUUUUUUUUUUUACUCAAUAAAAUUACGAUAUUUCUAUUAUUCGAAAAAAUGUCUUUCUAGAACGAGAAUUUUUAAAAAAAAACUCAAUGAAUGAAUUUAAAUAAUUUACCAUUUUUGGAUAUAGAUUGGCUCGUCAUUUAGAAUCUAAAUUGAAGUCAUUCUUUUAUCAUCCGAAAUUACAUUUCUCUAUAAGCACUAUAACUCUCUGUAUAGGAAAACAGUAUUAUGGUGAAUUAUAAAUCUUGCAUCAAGUUCUUGAACGAUACAGUAGAAGAGAAAUAAAGAUUGCGACUAGAUUGAUUUACAAUUCCUUGCUUAUUGCACCAAAUUAUCACUUUUGUCCAAAGAAAUAAAACACAUUGAAAAAUAUUCAAUCAUUUUUCAGGAGCUGGAGAGUUUGUUUUCCGAACAUUUUGGGCGGACCCCGAGUGCUACCCAUGUGUCUCACAGAUGAGUGAUUACAGUGAUGGAGAGGAAAGUGAUUUCGAUGAACAUAUUGAGUUGGGCCGUGUAGCAGAUGUUGACCAAAGAGUAAGGCAGUAUCUGGAUAGUUUACCAGCUAGCCAUUCUGAUGAAAGUGAGGAAUCUAGCAACGAGAACGAUGAAAAUAGGACAUCGCCAUCGUUGGCUCAAUCUGACCCGGAUUUGAUUAGGGUAAGACAAUUUAAGUCAGUUGGUUGUGGUUGCCAAAGAAACUGUCAUGCCUGUUUUGAAAUAGAUGAGUUGCACGGACAUAUUCUAAAUAUUAGAGAAAUGGAAAAACAAGAUAAGGAAAUGUACAUAAUGGCAACAUUGGCUGAUAGCAGAGACAAAGAAAACACAAAAAAGGGAGGAAACGUGUUAGAUUUAGGCAUGACUUCAAAUUCCAAGGCAAGUUUGUGUGUAGAAAGACUUUUAUGCUUGUUUUUGACAUUGGAAAACACAGUCUACAGAACAUUAUGACACAUGUGAAUAAGAAUGGUGUUGCUCCAAGGAUACACGGAAAUACUGGAAGGAAAACGGCAAAAUCACUCGUUUUUGAGGACAUUAAAAGAUUGGUGCAAUUUGUAUCUAAUUAUGCAGAUGACUAUGGUAUGCCACAGCCUGCAGCACCACGAGGUGGCGACAAUAUAGCACCAAUUUAUCUCACAAGUGAAACAACAAAGAUGAAUUUACAUGAAAAAUAUGUGAACAUGUGCGCGCAGUUAGAACCACCCUGUCGUUCUGUGAAGUAUUCCACGUUUUGUAAUAUAUGGACACAUUGUUUGCCACAUAUUAGGAUUGCUACUCCACGAGAUGACGUGUGUGCCACGUGUGAAAAGAUGAGAAAGGCCAUUGUGGAUUCAGUUACGGAGGAGGAAAAGAUACAAUCAACAAGCAACUUUCAGAAUCAUGUGAUAGAUGCACAAAAAGAGAGGCAAGUCUAUAAUGACUGCAUUAAAAUGGCAAAAGAGUCCUACCAAAAUGAAAACCUGGAAAAGUACGUACAUUACACGUUUGACUUUUGCCAGAAUGUUAGUAUCCCUCACCAUUCCAGACAAAUGGGCCCCUUGUAUUUUCUCACUCUGAGAAAAGUGCAGAUUUUUGGUUUUCGGAUCGAUGGAAUGCCUAAACAGUUGAACUUUCUAAUAGAUGAAAACGAAACUAUUGGGAAAGAUGGAACGUCAACACAUGGGCCGAAUGCAGUUAUAUCCAUGAUAGAUUAUGCCAUGAAUUCGUAUAGUACUGGGGAAACAAAGUGUGCCAUGCAUGCUGAUAAUUGUCCAGGCCAGAACAAGAAUCAGUAUGUGAUUGGAUAUUUCAUGUGGCGUGUCAUGACAGGAAGACACCGGGAGAUCGAAUAUCAUAUGCAGAUUCCUGGCCAUGCACGCUGCCUUGUUGACAGUGGAUUUGCUUCUUUAAAGAAGCUUUACCGGCGCACCGAUUGUGAUUCCCUUGUUCAGUUGCAACACGUUGUUGAUAUGUCGUCUGCUACAAAUGAAGCUGUUCGAUAUCCUGCUUGGCAAUGGCGUGACUGGAAAUCGUUCUUGGGACCUGUUAUUAAACCAAUGCGUGGGAUAAGGAAGUACCAGUACUUCAAGAUGUCUUCUGACAAACCUGGUGUAGUAACUGUGAAAGAGAACAGAGACACAGAUGAAACGACUGUAAACGUGCUGCGGUCUCAGGAUCGUGUAUUUCCAGCAGACGACUUACCAACAGUUAUCCCUGCCCAUGGACUUACACGAGAACGCCAGGAUUACCUUUAUAAGGCCGUCAGACCUUAUGUACGCCCAAUGCACCAGGAUAGCACGUGCCCAGCGCCUAGUGAUCAGUAGUUGUUUGACAUUUGUAGACACUUGAAUUGGAAUAUAUAUGAGCCGCGUCACGGUAAAAUGUGCCUUCGGGAAUCUUCGAGGCUUUGCGACCAGCGUGGACCCGGAUCAACAUGCGCAUCCGCGCAGUACGAUCAGGGCCCACACUGUUCGUUGUUACGUCAAAGAAGGCAUAUUCUACCUGAAGAUGCAAUUUUCAGGUGUAUUUAUGCUUAGGACAGCCUAAAUAAACACUUUCCGGAAAUUCACGAAGAUUCCCGAAGACACAUUUUCUCGGGUCGGGGCUCAUAUGUACUGGUACGUCUUGACUAAAACGAUUAGUAAUUAGUAAUUAUUUAAUUUUUGCUGUUAUAUUUACGUUGUUAUUAUAACAAUAUGUUUAAAUAUAAUGUUAAAUAAAUGUGAAACUAGACAGACAUUGUUUCUUGAAAGGGCAAAAUCGAUGAGACGCAAGAAUUUUAUAUACAAUUAAGUUUUACUCCCAUGUUUUGAAAGGGACUAACCCACACAUUUUUGACGAAAAUAUUUUUCUUUCAAAAAUCAGUAUGUGUUUAUUCUGAAAGUUGUUAGUGGCACAAACUAAUUGAGAUAUGAAUUUGUCAAAGAUGUCCUUAUGAAUGACAAAAUAUAUUGUGAAAACAGUAGUAAACCGUUGCAACGCUUUUCAAAUAAUGUAAACAAAUACAUUAUUUUUGUGUUUUUACGGAUAUUUACUUCUUCUUUUCACCAACUUUAUCAUUUUUUCAAUGUUACAUAUUCAUUUUAUUUCAAACUUGGUGAAAAUGAAUAU